AUGAUUGAAGAGAUCUGCGAUCGUAUCAAGACCGUUCAAAUUUCCGAUUCCAGCCCUUCUCUCUCUUCGACCACAGGUAAUGAAUAUGAACUUCUUAAAAAGAAGUAUCUACAAGAGUUGUCUGAGAGGAAGGGGCUUUACAAUGAGGUGAUCAAGCUUAAAGGGAAUAUUAGGGUCUUCUGUAGAUGCAGACCACUAAAUCAAGUCGAAAUAACAAAUGAGGCUGUUUCUGUACAGACUAAACCAAUAGUUGCUUCAGUUUUGGAUGGCUACAAUGUCUGCAUAUUCGCCUAUGGACAAACUGGAACUGGAAAGACAUUUACUAUGGAGGGCAGCCCAGAAAAUAGGGGAGUGAACUACAGAACAUUGGAUGAGUUGUUCGGAGUUUCUCAAGAGAGAAGUGGCAUUAUGAGAUAUGGUCUUUUUGUUAGUAUGAUGGAGGUUUACAAUGAGAAGAUAAGGGACCUCUUGAUUGAUAGUUCCAACCAACCGCCUAAAAAGUUAGUUUCCUCUUUUAUUGCUACUAGAGCCCCUGCCUUAAUUUAUGCUUCUUCGGCUGGAACUGUACAGGCGACGUCUCAAGUGUCUUCAGCCGAGGCAGACUUGCUGUAUUCACUUGUCGUUAAAGCUAGGUUCGAGAACAAUCGAUUCCAGAAGCCAAGGAAGCAACCAGAGACUUCUAGCAAACAUGUUGAUUGGUUUUGA